AACGUACGUUCACGUCUCUCCGCCAGUGUUUUUAAAAAAGCGGCGGUUGAUCUUCGAGCAACUUUCAGUGAAUCGAUAGCAUUUAUUUCUUUAUUACAGUUCUCCAGCACAGUAUUAAAAAUUGUAAGCUCCUUAACUGCACCAGGAUCAUGCAGCACCAGCAGUAUGCAGAGGAGCGAGGCCUUCUGGGCUCACUCUGUCCUGGGCAGAAGAAGCUGGAGGGGAAAACCUUCUACCUGGACAGUCUUAAGAAACGCGCAACCGCAAUGCUUUUGGAGGCCGUGUCUCUUCUGGGAGGGAGGGUCGAGAGUUUCCUGCACAAGGAUGUGUCCUUUGUUGUGACUGGAAGCCAAGAGAGCCUGAAGGAGCAGAAGUGUACAGAUACUAACGCCGAGAAAGAGAGAAAGGGGACGAGUGAAGAAGUCCAACGUCCUAUUAUGCAGCGGGAGAGCAUCCUCAGCAGUGACAAGCGGCGACCAGGAACUCCUAGACCAAUGGCUUGUGGCAGCCGUGGGAAGGCCCUGCUUGAAAAAGCCAUUCGCAACAAUGAACGACUGCAGGGGAACAGUGUUUUGGACAAUGCCCGAUCAUGGGGAGUGAAGAUAUUGUAUGUGGAUGAUGUCCUUUUGUAUUUGAAACAGUUAACUCGAGAGAGUUUCAGUGCUGUACACAAAAGGCCGGAGAGAACUUCCACCAAACAACAAGGUUGUCAUGUUGUCAAAGCUGCACCGUUGAGGGCUCCCUAUCUUAAAAUUGAAGACAUGAGCAGGAGAUACAAGCCCUUGCAUAUGCAAUCUAUGAUCUUCCCUACUCUGUGGUACUCGGGCCGAUUUAGUCCCUUUGAAUCUCCACCUCCUCUGUUUGAAGAGCAAGGAGAGAAUAAAACAAGGGAGAAGAAAAAAGUGGAAUGCAGCAUUCAGGACAAAUCUCAAACCACACUCGGCUGUAACCGUUCACUUUCCAAGCCACGCAAAAAAGAAGUGUCUUACUGUGAAUGCUGUCAUCAACCCUUCACUAAUCUGGACGAGCACAUGCAGUCUGAUCAGCACCGUGCUUUUGUUCUGGAUGCCUCAAACUACAGUGUGGUGGACCAACUCAUGACUGAGAUGCUUCCGGGAUUCAACCCAAAUCCAGCUCAACAAACGGAUGAAACACUGAACCGACCACCAACUCCUUUGUCCAUCUGUGAACUGGAGCCUCUCACUGAUGCUGAGACGGAGCAUGCUGUUCAGGACUUGCAUAGACAAGGUUCAUCAUUCCAUGUUCACCUCUCCAGUCCUGCUGGGGGGCCUCGUUCAUCUGGCCCUGCCAGCCCAUCCCCAGGAGUUCAGUUUCCCAUCCCAAAUUCAUCGGAUACCCGACCUCCUGACAUCCAGCCUUUCAGUACUAACACAGACUUCCAGCUAACUGACAGCCAUCUUCGAGCUUUAAGUCCAACCAUGCCUGUUUUGGAUAUUGAACCACAAGCUCACAACUCAGCCAGUCAGCCGCCUGAUAAUCAACACCUCUCCCCAUCCUCUGACCCUUACUCCCUGCCUCCGGUCCUCAGCCCACAAGUCCCUUAUACCUCCUACAUUAUGGAGCCGCACUGCCCGUACUCGGAGCCCCCUGUCCUCAGUCCUCAACAGUACACUGCAGAGGAGGCUGUGGAAGCACACACUUGGGACUUGGACACUGGAGGAAGUGUGUCUCAGGAUGUCCCUGAUCCUAUCUCCACAACACAAUUUCCUUCUGUGGCUUUGACAAAUGCAGAAGGAGUAAAGAAAUCUAACCAAGAAAGUAUUUUGGGAUUAAGUAAGAUCAUAUGUUCCACCAAUGGUUUGGACUGGGUUACGCUGUUGUCACGUAGAUCUCGGUCCCUCCCUCGACAGAUGGCGACGAUGCCAAACCCCAGAAAGCGCUGUAGAUCAGCCAGCCCAGAACACUGCCGGAGCAAAAGGAGGAGGAUUACAGCAGAAUUUGGCUACAGAGGUAGCUGGAUUAAACGAGUGCAUACAUCUGCCAAACCACAAAGUGACAUUAUGGCAAAACCUGAGGACUGUUUAUUAUUCGACACAGUCUCUUGUCAGAUAAUACAGUCCAGUCCUAACACAAAGGUUUCUUCCACAUGCACUGCGGGAACAUUUGGCUCAGAACAGACUUUUACCAUGUUUUGUGUUCCUACAGUACACAAUUUCACACAUGCAACUAAUCAAAUGGACAUUUUAGGUCAGGGUAGCACUUCCGUUGCUGAUCAUCCAUCACGGCCACUCUCCUCAAAAGCAAAGACGUGUGGUCCUCCACUUCAGCUCCCCAAUGACAAAAUUCACAGUGCGUUUUCAAGUCAAGACUCUCAAUGUGCACUAUCCCACUCCACCUCCGUGUGCAUCGAGUCAGCCCUCAUCCCAGACUUGGCCAUGCUCUCUCCAUCGUCAUCAGACUCUGACUGGGACUGUGGCCUACUGUCACGACUUGGACCUUCCCGUGCCGCUCCACUGUCGCCCCCCGAGCAGAGCUGUGACCUCGACAAGGAGCUCCUCCACAUGCCGUGCACCUGGAUGCACGACACCAGCUACGAGUCACGACUACACACUGUCCUUCAGCCAUCACCCCCAGCAACCUCACUCUGUGGGGAUGAAGUGGGCCCUUCAGCAUUUUCCAGGACUGGUUUACAAAUUGUUGAGGUUCAACACUGAUAGUUAUUGUCUCGGUCAUUUUAAAGAACUGCAUGAACCACUACCGGGAAGCGUUGUAAGGCAACGGGAGGAGUGUGUUUUUACACGGCAGCGGCAUAUCGAACAGGGAGAAAACGAUUGGCAGCACUUAAACUCAUCAAAAUAAGUAAAUGAAGUGUACACUGAAUAAAUAUUUAAAAUGUAGUGCAAAAUCAAAUAUUAUAUUUAGCUGUUUUUACAGAUGCAGAUUUUUAUUUUGUAUAAUUUUUUGAUGAGCUAGAUGUUCCUCAGUGGAUGCAUAUUCCCUUGAAUUUGAAGAGAGUCUACUAUCGUUUUCCUCUCUACCCCUAAUCCUCUUGGACAGAACCCUAAGCAGUCUUCUGUUUAUUGUGCUGACUAAAGUCUUUCAGCAGCUAUGUCCGGGAACAUAUGGUGGUAUUGAGAAUUUAAUGAGGUUGUCUGAAAGGGGCAUUACUCAAUUACUGUAAGUGCUGUGUCUGGAUCAGAUCCCACUUGCGCUUGUGUUGAUCAGGCGUCCAUAGAGUGAAGGACUCGCACUCGACGAGUCAUGUAAAAUUGCUUUUCCCACCUUUUUGAAGGUCAAGUAAAGGACUUGUUUUGUCAAGGGGACACUUCUGCUUUACGGUAUGUUUGAUGCAGCUACAAGGAGGUUAAUUGUCUUCGCUAGUUAGUUUUUGAAGUGUUAGGUCACCUGCCAUUAAAGACGUCAUCGCUCAUCAUAAUAGACAAAACAAAAAAAUCACAUGUUGUCCAAAAUCUAAUUUUCUUGAAUAUCUUACAUGGACUGUUAAAACACAUGCAGAAUACAACAAUCAAAGAGAAAUCACACAUGAGUUCAGUAUGGGGAAGAAUAUGACCAUGUAAAGUACAUUAUUUUACAGUGUUUUUAAAUAAAUGUUUUUAACCAUAAACAUUUCCUGCUGCAUAGUUAAAAAGUUGUUGCUCAAGUAAAGCAAAAUUAAGAACA